AUGGCUAAGUCAUAUUUGCUGUAUUACUUUUAUAUUUCAAUAUUUAGUUGUAUUAACAUAAAUUCGUAUUCUUUAAGAACAUUUUCGGAAAACGAUAUUAAAACGUACAGAGAAAAAGUGUUACAAAUGUUUUAUCAUGCAUAUGACAAUUACUUGAAAAAUGCUUUUCCUUAUGAUGAAUUGCAACCUAUAUCCUGUCGUGGUAUGGACACUUGGGGAAGUUUCUCUUUGACUUUAAUUGAUGCUCUUGACACGUUAGCUGUUAUGAAAAACUAUUCUGAAUUUAGACGAGUUGUAUCAACUCUUCUAUCUACUGCAGAUUUUAAUGCAAACAUUAAUGUAUCUGUAUUUGAAACAAAUAUUCGUGUUGUUGGAGGCUUACUAUCUGCUCAUCUAUUGUCAAGACAGGCAGGCUUAGAUGUUGAUCCUGGAUGGCCGUGUUCAGGGCCUUUAUUGAAUCUGGCUGAGAAAGUUGCUAGACGUCUUUUGCCAGCAUUCAAUACUAAGACUGGAAUGCCCUAUGGAACAGUUAACUUAAAAUAUGGUGUUCCUGCUGGAGAAACACCAAUAACUUGCACUGCUGGUGUUUCAACCUUUAUUAUUGAGUUUGGUACCUUAAGCCAUCUCACUGGCGAUCCGAUUUUUGAAAAAGUUGCUGUGAAGGCCUUAAAUGCUCUGUGGAAACAUAGGUCAUCAUUAGGCUUGGUAGGUAAUCAUAUCAAUGUUCAAGAUGGAAAAUGGACUGCUUUAGAUUCAGGAAUUGGAGGAGGUGUUGAUUCUUAUUUUGAGUACUUGGUGAAAGGUGCUAUAUUGUUUCAAGAGCCAAAAUAUAUGAAAAUGUUUAAAGAGUAUGAAAAACUAAUUUCGAAGUUUAUGCAGAAAGAUGAUUGGUACUUUUGGGUUAGCAUGAGUAGUGGUCAAAUAACAAUGCCAACAUUCCAGUCUCUUGAAGCAUUUUGGCCUGGACUUUUGACCCUAGUAGGAGACAUUGAGCAAGCUGUCAAGACCCUGUACAACUAUCAUCAGAUUUGGAAGCAGUAUGGCUUUACACCUGAAAUUUAUGAUGUUUCCCAUAAUAAUGCUAAAAGAGAAAAUUAUCCUCUUAGACCAGAGCUAAUAGAAAGUGUCAUGUAUUUAUAUUCGGCAACAAAAGAUCAACAUUUGCUUGAAAUUGGUGUGGAUAUAUUGGAAUCAAUUGAACACAGUGCAAAAACAGAUUGUGGUUAUGCUACUAUCAAAAAUGUUAUGGAUCAUAAAAUUGAAGAUAGAAUGGAAUCUUUCUUUCUGGCUGAAACAACGAAGUACUUAUAUCUUCUUUUUGAUCCUGAAAAUUUUAUUCACAAUAAUGGUUCUUGUGGAGAAAUUAUUCAAAUGGCUGGUGGAUACUGCGUAAUUGGGGCAGGUGGCUAUAUCUUUAAUACGGAAGCUCAUCCAAUUGAUAUUGGUGCUGUGUAUUGUUGUAGUGGAAAGCACCAAGAUCAUCAGCUGUUGCUGUAUGAUUUUCAGAAAACUAUGGAUUUACAUUCCUUGCUAGAAAUUCGCCGUAAACAUGAUUUCUUUAAAGUGUUUCGACAAAAGAGCAACUUUAAGUCAAAAAAUAAAAAGACAAAACAAAGAGAGGAAAAAGUAAGCUCUAAUUUAUUCCUUCCAGAUGCAAAAAAUACUGUAGAUGCAUCAGUAUCUUCUGUUUCUGUCAGUCAUAGUGAAAGUGAGAGAACUAAUGAAAAUGAGUCUAAUUUAGCACAGGAUGAUGCAUCUCUCUUGAAUAGUUUUCAGCAAGAGAGUGAUGUUCAUCAAAGCUAUGUAGAACAGUUGAGUUCGUCAGACUCAUUUGAUAAACUUGAAAAUUUUUCAGAUCUUUCAAGUAAUCAAAAUUCUGAAGUGUUGAAUAAUGCAGAUAAUGAAUACCAACUGCAGUCUGUUACUGAGGAACAACUGAACGACUCCCUUGAAGGUACUCAGGUAACUGAAGAUGAGGUUGUAACUGAGCCAGCAAGUGAAAUUGAUUCCUCAAAAUUAAAUGAUGGGAAAGGGUUUGAAGACAGUUUUAGUGAAAUAUAUGAUGAAAGUUUUAAUGAUUAUGAGCUGUUAUCAUGCCCAGCUCAACCAUACACUUCACGAAUAAAUUUAAUGGGUGAAAUGUUUAAUAUUUAG